AUGUCUAGUCUGGAACCAUGGAAAAAUCUAAGAUUAAGAAAAGACAUUGUCACCUUAUUUGAUGUGCUAUGCGAAGUGCAACAGACACCAACGGGCCCAAAAAUUAUUCGAAGCUUUCCGGAAGAUUAUGACGAUCAACAAGUCUUGAAGGCGAUUCCCCAAUUCGCGAUGCCAUAUGAUUUCUUCGACCACCAGGGAUGGCAGCACAAUUUUGGGCAUUGCCGAGUGUCACCGGCCACAAAGACUUGCUACGUCAUCUUAAGCGGGCUGCCAUGGUGUAAAUUCUUUGCCGAGAUGCUGGAUUUAUUUUCGGGUAUUCGGAGUUUUGCGACGGACGAGGAUUUCGACUUGGCAUUUUGCGCCGCGUAUCAUUCCGAGAUACCACUGCCUGGGACACAAUUGAGUCUACCAAAAAUUAAUAAGCUUCCGGUUGCAAAAUGUAUUGCUCCGGAAUUGAAAGUGUUUCCAUCGAUGAGAGAUGAGACGUAUUUGCUUGAAUUGUGGAACGCAUUGUCACCAGAUCAGUUGAUAAAAUUAUAUUGCAGCAUUCUGAAAGAGCGGAAUAUCAUUUUUACGGGUUCAAAGCUAUCUUUGAUUACGAAUUGCGUUUUGGCGACGACGACGAUGCUGUAUCCAAUGUAUUGGCAAUACCUUCUAAUCCCAGUAAUUCCUCCGGAUAUGAAAGCGUUCCUCGGGACACCUGUGCCAGCAAUAAUGGGUGUUGCAAAACAAGUCGUUCCUCAAGUCGAGAAAGCGGAAGGCACAAACACGGCUGUCAUUAUUGAUUUGGAUGCAAGAACCAUUGCAGCAAUAGACCAGGAUUAUCAAGCGAUGCCUACUGACAGCGGCUGGGAUCGAGAGCUUUUUAUCUCAAAACAUAAAGAUUCGGAAAUGAGGGAUUACCUGCGGUAUCUCAUUGGCGACGGCGGUGUACAGUAUUUGGAACGGGAUAAUGUGUCAGAAGUUUUCGGGACUUUUAAAGACAAAUUUGGAAAGCUAAAGAUUGGCGGUGGACGACCAGGCGCUAGCAAAUUUUACGAUGAACCAAUUUCGAAUUUGGACAAUCAGCUAUUUGAAGAUUCACUUCCGGAAAAGCCAAAGGAAGUACAAUCGAGACAGCCAGAACAACAGCAAGUUGUGUAUGACCUAAUUACUUUUGGAAACGAUGAUCCGACUCCUACGGCUGAAACGCCGCAGACUAGAGCAUCUUUUGAGGACCCAUUCGGAAUCCGGGAAUUUGAGACAUCAACUUUCAACUCACAUACGCAGCCAUCCACGGCUGGAUCCUCACCAAAGCUUCCGCCACGGCCCAUUCACAAUGUACAGAUGAGAGGUAGUCCCUUUCAAGCCGGAGCGGCUGCACGUCAUGGUAUGAUAAACCCAGGACAACCAAUGCGAACAAAUAGUGCUUCACCGGUAGUUCCGCAGCGACCCGCUCAACGCCCAAUUGCCGAUAUCCCAUCCCACGGCGGCUCGGCACCAACUAUGAAUAUUCCC